AUGAUCCCUUGGAUAGCCGCCCGUGACAUUAAAACCAUUUUGAUUUGGAACAGUGCACAUCGCAUUGAAACCGCCGCUUUCGGUUUCGGCCGCCAGACGUUCUUCCAGCACGGAUGUGACAUCAAGGAAUGUGUCGUCUUCGACAACAAGACAUCCAUUUUGCCGUUGGAAGAAUACGACGCCAUCAUCAUUCACAUGCACGAGCUCUGGCAAAGUGGAAUGCCCAAUUUUACUAGGCGAGCUCACCAACGAUUGAUUUACUUGACACAAGAAUCGCCCGUUACUUCCCCGUACAUUUCCGCCGCUAUCCAUGGCCUGGGCAACUUGUUCAACUGGACGAUGACCUACAAAUUAAACUCGGACGUCCAAUUGCUUUACGGUCGAAUUCUUCCGGAAUCGACAGCCCCCAAAACUCUCGAGCAAACACACCGGAUGAUUGAAUCGACGCAUCUUCCAUCGGCCAGGAAUUACGCGUCCAAUAAAACUCGGCCGGUCGUUUGGAUGGCAUCUCAUUGCGGCACAAACAGUUUACGAGAAACUUACGUCAAAGAACUGAGUAAAUUCAUUCCGGUCGACAUUUACGGCGGAUGCGGCAAUUUCAGUUGCCCUCGAAACGGAAUUAAUUGGUUAUCUUAUCCGGAGUGCUACGACGAGCUGGAAAUGAAAUACAAAUUUUACUUGUCAUUUGAAAAUUCCAUUUGCAACGAUUACGUGACGGAGAAAUUCUUUGAAAUCAUGAACCACAACAUGAUCCCUAUCGUUUAUGGCGGUGCCAAUUACAGCCAAUUCGCCCCCCAUCAUUCGUACAUUAAUGCCCUUGAUUUUACUCCGGAGAAACUGGCCCAGUACCUGCUGUUGCUGGACGCCAACGACAAUUUUUACAACGAAUAUUUCUGGUGGAAGGAUCACUAUCGAGUGGAAAGCGGAGUGGAGCAAAUGGCACGCCACGGUUUCUGCGAUCUGUGCAAGAAACUUCACCACGAAGAAGGUGUAACCAAAUUCUACCCCGAAUUAGUAUCAGAAUGGCAUUCCAGUAGCCAGUGCAAGCGAAUGGACACUUGGGAGAUAACAACAACGACACAGAGCACUACAACUACUUCGACAACAAGUACAGAUGCACCGAGUACCACCACGGAGGCGGCGAGUACAACAGAAAGCCCCGAUUCAAAGAGGAUGCACGAAAAGAUUAAAAGUUACUUGGUGAAUAAACUGCAGUCGAUUGGAUUUUUCGACCAUGAGAAAGAGACAACAAGCGAUAGCGCCAACACUACGGCCAGUCCCUAUCAUUUUCCAAAUGCAAUGACAUAUAUGUAA